AUGUCUUCCGAGCCGUAUGACCCUUAUAUCCCCGCCGGCCAGCAGGGCUCGUCGCAGGAUCCCGGCAAUGCCAGGACGCAAGCUUUGAAGCAGCAAAUCGACGAGACUGUCGAUGUCAUGCGCAAGAAUGUCAACAAGGUCGCCGAGCGUGGUGAGCACCUUGAUAGUCUCCAGAACAAGACCGACGAUUUGGCCAUGUCCGCACAAAAUUUCCGCCGUGGUGCCAACCAAGUCCGCAAGAAGAUGUGGUGGAAGGUAUGGAUACUUCAAGUCUGA